AUGUUCCGCACCAUCGUCCUCCUGACCCUCACCGGCCUCGCCGCCGCCGCCAUCUCGGUCGACGGCUCCUGCGGCGGCGCCAACAACGCCACCUGCCUCGGCAGCGAGUUUGGCAACUGCUGCUCGCAGUACGGGUACUGCGGCUCGACCCUCCCCUACUGCGGCGAGGGCUGCAACACCAAGUUUGGCACCUGCGGCAGCAGCGGCAACACCACCACCUCCAGCGCCGAGAGCCCGGCCAAGUCCACCAGCGAGGCCAGGCGCAACAACAGGCCCGUCGUGGUCCGCCGCUCCCUGUAA